GCUGUCCGCUCCGUGCUGCUCCAUCGUUCUCCAUCGUCCCUCGUCCGUGCUCUGGGUGCUGGGUACUGCUGGAUGCUCUGCCUCCGCCGUUAGUUGCGGAUAAGAAGCCGGCGCUGUUGGUUGUACUUUGGGCGAGACGUGGAUAACUUUUCGACAGUGGCUGCGCUCGGCGCGGGAACGCGAACGAACAACAAACGCGUGAGGCGAACGCGUGAGAAUUUAUCAAGUUCAUUCGAUGCGGUUGGCGCUAGGCGACAAGCGGAUAGGGACGGUCGGUCGGGUGGCCCCACCAGCGAGAUCGUAAAGUGAAUGCAAAAACGCGCCACGCGUAUAUCUCUAUCACAAUUUGUAUCUCUAUUUGUAUCUGUAUCUGGUCCGCAAGUGUAUCUGUGAGUGCUGUGAGCUUGGAGUUGGCAUUUGGCAGCGCAAAAGACGCUCAAACAGAGAAGAAGCCAAACCAAACCAAAUAAAAGAAAAACAAAUGAAAUAAUAAUAAUAUUCUUUAAACAAGUUGAGAGCAAGCAAAUAAUUAUCGUACAAUUUGAAUACUGCUGAAGGUGCUCAAGGCCUGGGCCAACACCAAAAACAACAACAACAACAACGGCGGCAACGAAAACACCAACAAAAUCCAGGCAGUGAGGAAAUGUAGACCGGGUAGGCCAAACUCGGAAAGAAUCCUGCAACCGCGAAUGUCACUCCUAGGGAAGCCGCUGAACUACAAUCGCGGCUCUCGCCGCGAUGUUCGUUACCGGCGUCUCCAGAGUCGCCUCUACAACUUCCUGGAGCGUCCACGCGGCCUGCAUGCAAUCUUUUACCAUGUGAUGGUAUUCCUGAUGGUGUUCACAUGCCUCGCCCUGAGCGUGUUCUCCACCAUCAAGGAGUACGAGGAGGACGCCGUUUACAUUCUUUUUCGAAUGGAGAUUCUGGUUGUCAUCUGGUUCACGAUGGAGUUCGGCGCCCGGCUAUGGUCGUCGGGCUGCCGAUCGCGCUACCAGGGCUGCCUGGGGCGUCUGAAGUUCGUCAAGAGACCAUUUUGUAUUAUAGAUAUUGUCACCAUUUUAGCCUCAAUUGUAGUAUUAGGCAUGGGCACCUCCGGCCAGGUGUUCGCCACGAGUGCGUUACGAGGUCUGCGGUUCUUUCAGAUAUUGCGCAUGGUGCGCAUGGAUCGUCGAGGAGGCACCUGGAAGCUGCUCGGUUCGGUUGUUUACGCACACAGACAGGAGCUGAUCACAACCAUGUAUAUAGGAUUCUUAGGUCUAAUCUUUGCAUCAUUCCUGGUCUACAUGUGGGAGAAGGACGUCAACGAUAAGUUUAGCAACUUUGCACAGGCCCUCUGGUGGGGUGUGAUCACACUGUGCACGGUGGGCUACGGCGACAUGGUGCCCAUCACCUGGCAGGGCAAACUGAUUGCCUCCUGCUGCGCCCUGCUGGGCAUUUCGUUCUUCGCUCUGCCAGCGGGAAUUCUGGGCAGCGGCUUUGCACUGAAGGUGCAGCAGCAGCAGCGGCAGAAGCACAUGAUACGACGACGCCAGCCGGCGGCCACACUCAUCCAGGCCGUGUGGCGUUGCUAUGCGUCCGAUGAGCAUUCCGUGUCUGUGGCCACGUGGAAGAUCCACCAGGUGGCACUACCCAGUCCGCCGGCAUCUUCUGAAAACUGGGAGCGAUUAUUAAAAAACAUAACCGAAUAUAGACGGGCGUCCUCCAGCUUUAAGCACAACACAUCCUUCGUGGCCCGCCUGCCGACAAUUAGGCGUCACAAGAGCCAGACCAUCCAGAAUGCGGGCGGCGCUGAUGGCAGCAGCAUGUCCAAGCCCCCUGGCUCAUCCCGUGCCUCCACGCGGUACACACGCACCAUUCGGGAUAUAAAUGCAUCCGUGGAGAACUUGGCCCAGCCCAGACAGCUGGCCAACUGCCAGCACAGCUCCAGUGCUGGCUCCCUGGCCCAGUUCCCCCAUCAGGCAUCCACGGUUGAGGAGGGUUCUGCGUCUGCUUCAGCGCCUGCGUCUGCCCAGGUGGCAUCUAGAAAUCUAACGAUUCCCGUGGUGCUGUUUGGCCUUCUGCAUGGCAGCUUGUUCGGCUCAUCGUUUUCGCUGCGCAAUCCCAGAGUGGCGCCCGCAAACACACCCGACUUGGAGGCGGGCCCAGAGGAUGCGGCCAAAGCGGACAAUUGCCAGAGGAGCAACACGUUGCCGCUGCCCGUGUCCAACCAGCGGCGCAGUGCCAGUCCGAGUCCCAGCUCGGGCAGUGGUCGAACGGGUCGAUUCUUUGCGGCCGCCUCGCAGUUCCUAGAGACAGGAUUCUCGCACGGAUCGGCUGCCGCUGCUGAUGGGUCCUUUGGUGUGGCAAAUGAGGAUGAUGAGCCGCGCUGCACGCAGCUAACCAACAGACACAAGACGGCAAUUCGUUUCAUACGCAAGCUCAAGUACUUUGUGGCACGGCGUAAGUUCAAGGAGGCCUUGAAGCCGUACGAUGUCAAGGAUGUCAUGGAGCAAUAUGCAGCGGGGCACGUUGACUUGUUGGGUCGCGUCAAGAUGCUGCAUUUGCGUUUGGAUCAAAUCCUGGGCAAACAAGGCUCCAAGGCCAAGGAUGUUUAUGCAUCGAAAAUAAGUUUAGCCUCCCGUGUGGUUAAAGUCGAGCGACAGGUCGCUGACAUUGAAGAGAAGCUGGACGUGCUGAUCAAAGCCUAUAUGGAGGAUCGUGAUAGAUUCUUGGCCCUGCCUCUGCCAGCAAAGCCCAGCAAAAUACAUUCCAUUAGCCCUAGCCACAAUCCCCUGCACCACGCUCACAAUCUGUCCAUGAUCGAUGUGUGGAAGCGCACCGCGGCACUGAGUGUGCAUCCCGAGCACACGACGACCGCCACUUCGGCCACAUCCACGGAUGGCACGGAGCUGCGAGCGCUCACCUCCACGCAGACAACAACAACGACCACGGAUGCGAUCGCAACGCAAACCCCCUUGCCGCCUCACACGCAGCAUACUUCGACCAAUACCAAGUCUUCCGUGCUUAACUCAUAUCAGCUGGGGUCUGAGAAGCAGCAGCACAAUGAUGUUUUUAUGACUGAUUUAGAUAAUAGGACCAAGAAACGUGUUACGUUAAGCCUGCAUAGAUCCACAUCGGAGCCAUAUAGCAAGCAGGAGCAGCGCAUCAGCAUACCAGAUGAGGGUGCACAAUCCCUGGAAUGCGCUGCAAAGGCAACGCCGCCAGAUAGUUCAAUUAUACUUAUCGACGAGUAUGAGGACUUUGAGGAGGAAGAUCUAAACUGUGAAGGCGAAAUGGAACAUUUCCCAUCGUGGGAGAUCGAUAGCGACAUUGGGGCCGACGUGGAUGUCGAUGUGGAUGCCGAUGGCGACGGUGACUGUGAUGAGUCCACUGAGGACACGGCCCUGCUGCACUGUGCCACGCGCACCGCCAUUGUUAUUACACCAAUUAGCCCAGUAAGCUCCGCACACAAUCUUCAACAGUUAAAUGACCAAACUACAACGCUUAAUAAAUCAAAUUUGCUUCCGCCAGAUUCUGGCUAGUUAAUUGCAUUGAAGUUAGCCUAAAUGUACGAGAGAUUAGCUAUAGUAUCAUUAGAAUUGUAUUAUGUACUGUACGGAAUACAUAUUUAUGUCAUUUUCUGACAUCUCUGUGUUCAAACUAUGGUUAGCGAAAUGAACGGAAAUCAAAUUCAAUUAAAUCAAAUCUGCUUUAGCAAGAAAACUUAACUAAU